AUGCCCGGCUCUGACCCGGAGAAGAGGGCGCAGAACCUCCUGGAGCAGUUCCAGAAAGAAGAACUGGAGAAUGAUGACGUGUUCCACAGCCUUUCUCCCUGCAACCUGGAUGAGGAAGAGGAACUGGAGAUCAGCGGUGCACAGGAAUUCUCAUUGUUCCAAGAAGAGCUGGUGGCAGAACAGCUGACGUACAUGGACGCGACACUCUUCAAGAACGUUGUGCCCCACCACUGCCUGGGCUGCAUCUGGUCCCGCAGGGACAAGCAAGAGAACAAACACCUGGCACAGAGCAUCAGAGCCACCAUCUCGCAGUUCAACGCCGUCACCAACUGCGUGGUCAGCACCGUCCUGGACAGCAGAGAAUUAAAGACACGGCAACGAGCGAAGACCUUGGAGAAGUGGAUCCGUAUCGCACGUCAAUGUAGGAUCCUGAACAACUUUUCGUCUUUGAAGGCCAUUGUUUCCGCACUGCAGUCCACCUCCGUUUAUCGCCUGAAGAAGACCUGGGCCUGCGUUCCAAAGGACACAAUGCUGAUGUUCGAGGAGCUCUCAGAAAUCUUCUCCGACUGUGACAACUUUGCGACGAGCAGGGAGCUGCUGCUGAAGGGAGUCACCCAUGGCACGGUACCUUACCUGGGUACCUUCCUCACAGACCUCGUCAUGCUGGACACAGCCCUUCAGGACUAUCUCGAGGGCGGCCUGAUCAACUUUGAGAAGCGGCGAAGGUUUCCGGCUUUCACGCGAAAUUGAAGGAGCUGCUGACAAGAGUGUCGCAUCGGCCAAAGCUCAGAGGAGCGUGGUGAAGAGAUUCAGCCUGCCGUUCCUGGGCUUGGGGGUGAGCGCCCACAGCACAGCCGUCAACGCGCAGCCCAAACCUGCUCCAGGUGGGAGCUCUGGGGACAGCACCGUCACCAUCGUCCCUCCCACCGACACUGCCGAGGAGCCUCAGCACAAGUGCUCCAAGAAGUGCCCCGACUCCGUGACUCCCAUUGCAACAAAAGAAGUGCCGCCAGUCCUGCCACUUUACAACCAACAGAACGGAGAGAGCUGCAUCAUCCGGACCAGCGUAGAGGAGGACAGAAGUGGCAACGUCUACAGGAGCAUCCUGCUGACUAACCAAGAGAAGGCUCCUGCUGUCAUCCAGAGAGCCCUGGAGAAGCACAGCCUGCAGUGUGGCUCGGCCGAGGAUUACGAGCUGGUACAGAUCAUCUCCGAGGACAAAGGUGGGGAAGCAGAACUCUGCUGCUGCUGCUUGACCGGUGCUGCUGCAUUUUGACGGCAAGAGUGACACGCGAAGCGACGUCAGGAACGCCACGGACACGUUGUCACAGCUGCCGGUGAGAAUAAACCCCUAAGGCUGAGUGGUGCGCCAACUCACGCUGGCUCUGCUCCCUCUCUUGCAGAGCUGGCGAUCCCACCCAAGGCGAACGUGUUCUACGCCAUGAACACCCAGGCCAACUUCCAUUUCAUCCUGAGGAGAAAAGCUGCAGCACAGGAGGAGCCUGCGCCCCAUGGAUUUUAAUGGUUGAGCCUUCUAUAGGAUUUACUGCUUAUAUUAUAAGCAUGUAACCUUUUUUCCCCAGGUUUAGUCGGGAGUUGAUAUAUUUGAAUAUGUGACCUGUAUCUAAUGUUUGAGCUUUGUAUAAUGUUUAAUACUUAUAUAACAAGUCUAUUACCUUUUUUCCAGUUCUUGUCUGCAGUUCAUGUAUUGUAAUACUUGAUGUUUUUAUCAUAUUUAAUCUUUACAUACUUGCAUAGAAACAUUCAUUAGUAUAUAACCUUUUUUCCAGUAACUUCUGCUUGGAGUUACUGUAUUUCCAUAGCUUAGCUUUACAGAAUAUUUGAGCUUUGUAUAAUAUUUAAUGUUUAUACAAUAAGUACAUAACUUUUUUUCCAGUAAUUUCUAGUUUGAGUUAGUAUAUUUAAAUGUUGUAUCUG